ACUACGCGACCGUCCGCCGUGCGCGCGUACCGUCGUCACCGUCACCGUCGUCGCCGUCGUGUGGCCGAGUAGAGAGCCGCGUGCGCCGUCCCGCCAAUUAUUGAUACGCGCGCGCGAGAGAGAGUGUAACGCGCUCGUCGACGACGACGACGACGACGACGAUUGCAUAAAACUGCACAGUGCACCUUAAUAGUAAUACACGCGUGUACACGGGGUGCGAUUACGCUGCGCGAACGAUGCAGUUGCAGCGCCGCACGGCCGUCGGAUGCGGCCCGUGCCCUGCCGCGGCGCACGACCGUCAGGCGGUCAGGAAACACUUGCGCCGGUGGUCACACAACAUGGUGCUCAUCAUCGGGUUGGAAAGGAUCGCUGAAGAGUUAAUGGGAAGAAGAAAAUGGCACCAGUAUCAAGACAUUUUGGCGAAAAAUUAUUUACUGGAAGAGGAAUUGAUGGACCGGAGAGAAUGGGUUCCCGUCAAAACGUGUAAUUCGUGUGAUGUGAACACAGACCUGAGCGUAGCGGAUCACUCACCUGCAGAACUGGAGCCAUCGUCUGAAACGGGAAGCUUGAGCGGCGGCAGUCGCAGCGCAGAGAGUCCGGAACCGGAACCGGGCAGGCGGUCGUCUUCCACACCGCCCCCGGCGGCAUCAGAGCCGUGUCGCGCCGAUGACCGGUCGCCGCCACCACCGCCACUGCUGUUGCUGCCCAACCCCACGGCCGCUGCCGCCGCCGCCGCAAUGGCCGCGGUCGCGUCUCUGAACAACUCGUCGUCGUCAUCGUCCACGACGACGAUGACACCGGCGGGCGAGUCACCGUCGCCCGGCGCGCUGGAAGCCGCGGCCGCCGGCUUGCCGAAAUGGCUGUUGGCCGCCGCCACGCUCAGGCUGCAAGAGACCACGGCCGCCGCGGCAGCAGCAGCAGCCGCGGCCACGGCUGCGACCUCGGCGGCCACCAGCUGCAGGUCGCCACCCACCCACCGUCACCACCAACAGCAACAGCAGCAGCAGCAACAACAACAACACCAGUCGCUCGAUCAACCGCUCGAUCUCAGCGCCAAGAGCAACAACAACAACGUCAGCGGUCCGGGCGGCAAUGCUUCGUCGUCGCCCGCGUCGUCCACGCCGUCGUGCCUGAUCUUGCCGUCCACGCCAUCGUUGUCCGAGCUGAAAAACGCGUCCGCCACCGUCGCCGCCGCUGUUGCCAUCAACCCGUUCACGUCAGAUCUCAUCGCCACGGACAUGGUUAAUCAGCUGCGUGACCUGAUACCGGGUACGUCCACGUUCCUACCGCACCAACCGCUCAAUGUGCCCAUGCUCACCACCAACAACCGGAACAUGUUCAAAUCAAAGACGGUGAAACAGCCCAGUCACAUGGCCGGCCGGAAGACUUACACGGAGGACGAGUUGCAAAAGGCGCUUCGGGACAUCCAGAGUGGCAAGUUGGGCACGAGACGUGCGGCCGUCAUAUACGGCAUACCCAGGUCGACGUUGCGGAACAAGGUGUACAAGUUGGCGCACGAACGGGACAGUAACGGCGGCGGCGGCGGCGGCGUAGGAUUGGGCGUCAUCAGGGAUCCGUCGACGGGCGGAGACGACCCGUCCAAUGGACAGGCCACCGAGCUGCUGCCGUUGCUGAUCGAGGAUGACGACGACGAGGACAGAGACACGGUGUCCGUGGGCGAAGACGAGUGCACAAGCAAAGCGGCAGCGGCAGCGGCGGCGGCAGCAGCGGACAGCAAGGACCGCCACCACGCGCACCAUCAACAACCACCGCAACACCGCAGCCAGCAGCCCAGGACAGCGUCGCCGUACAUGACCGUCGAAGACUUGUUGCGGAUCACGGCGGAACAACAGCAACAGGCGGCCGUGGCCAUGCCCAACGCCGAGACGCUCCGACUGUUCCUGCAACACUACGCCAACAACAAACUGCUGCAAAACAGACCAGACCCGCAUUACCGUGGCCGCGACGUAUCUAUGACUGACGGCCGAUCACCGUCGCCACCAUCCACCUCCACCGCCCCCAGGUCACUGCCCAUGUCAGCGGACCUAUGGCCGGCAGCCGCAGCUGCUGCGGCCGCGGCUGCAGCGUUGGACCCACAACACAUGGGAACCUAUCUAUCGCAGUUGUUAUCUUCGUCAGUGGCAGCAGGGUCACCUUCAGCUGGACUAGGAUCGCCACGCUUGUUGCCGCCACAUGACAGUCCACCACCGCCACCACCACCACCGCCACCGCAGCAGCAGCAGCAGCAAAUGUCUGCGGCCCACCACCAGCAUGAAUUAUUCCUAAAAGAUUACACCGUCAAGGACUUGAUGCGCAAAAUACUGGACGAAGAGCAACAACAGCAGAUGCAGCACUUGCAGCAUCAGUUCAGCAACAAGUUGGCAGACCCGAGACGGUGGUCGUCGAACGGCUGCAGUUCAUCCGAACCGAUGGACACAGGCCGCAGCAACGACGACGACUCGAACCCGUCCAACGUCAUCCUUAGAAUACCAUCGUACAAGCCGGUCCCCGGUGGUAAGGGUAGCGAUUACGAGUUGGUGACGUACGCCAGGGACAUCCGGUCCCCGGGGCGGGCCAACAGUGUACGGAGUGACACGUCGUCACCACCGUCGUCAUCCGGUGGUGGUGCUGGCAGCAAACAUCCGGUCAACCUGAGAGACGCGAUCGCCAAGAGCAUCACACAAAGGUUCCAGUCGACGUCCGAUCAGCCGAUCCCACCACCCAUACCAGCCGUCGAGUCGUUUGCCCGGGCCUACCAACAGUACCAGCAGCAACACCACCAUCACCAACAACAACAACAACAACACCAUCACCAUCUUCAGCAGCAGCAGCAUGGCAUACCCACCUCGUUCGGUACUGGCAACCCCGUCAUCAGGAACCACAACAACAACAAUUUGCAGCAGGACGACUGCCGGAAACGGGUACCGACGCCCACCAACAAAACAUCGUCGGUCGUAACGCCAUCGUCCACCGUCGCUGGGUUCCACACCGGCGGCUCGUCGUCGUCAUCGUCCAACUCAGCGUCGGCAGCAGCAGCGGCUGCUGCGGCUGCGGCUGCGGCGGCGGCCGGUGGCAAGGGCACCAGGCCCAAGCGGGGCAAGUACCGAAACUACGACCGGGACAGCCUGGUAGAAGCUGUGCGGGCGGUACAACGGGGUGAGAUGAGCGUGCACCGGGCUGGUUCUUAUUAUGGCGUACCGCAUUCUACGCUCGAGUACAAGGUCAAGGAGAGACAUCUGAUGCGACCCAGGAAACGUGAGCCCAAGAACCCUCCGGCCUCGUCCUCCGCGUCCACGUCGGUUGCCGCCGAACAUAACCCGGACCGAAAAAAGUCGUCGUCCGACCUGUCGUCUUCGUCGUCGGUCGUCCGGCCAGCCGACAAGACGACUACCACCUCGUCGUCCUCGUCGUCGGCCACGCCGCCGGCUAUCAAACUGCCCGCGCACGUCCAGUUCCCAGCGCAACAACAACUGUCGCCGCUACAGACGCCCAACGGGCUCAAGAUGUUCGACGCCGCUGGUCCUGUGGGCCCGUAUCAGCCGUCGUUCCCGUUCUGGGCCCCCAGUCCGUUCCACGUGCCCAUGGAUUUCCAGCGAAAUCCGGUGGCGUUCGGCCCAAUGUCGAUGAUGCAACGGAUCCAGGCCGAGUCACGGCUACACCACCACCAGGCCGCGGCCGCUGCUGCCGCGUCCAUCGCCAGCCUUGGCAAGAACGCUCGCGAGGUGGCCGAAAACCUGUACGACGGAACGGAUAAUGGCAGUUUCCUGGACGGCAUCAUCAGGUCCAGCUUGGAGACAGGGCUCAAAUCGGCGGCUGCGAUGGCGGCCGUCCAAGCGGCGGCCAAGAGCGCCACGAAGGGAGGUAGUGGAGAAGGCAGCGGUGGUGACGAUGACUGCAGUCGGGACGGUUCGCCACGAGUAGCCGGUGCCGACAACGACGGCGACCGCCACAUGGAAGACCUAGCGGCCACGCCACCGUCGUGCCAGGACUCGGCCGCGGACAGCGAUGAUGAGAAGCCGCGGACCGAGUCACCGGACGGACAGGAACAUCGUCAUCAGCUGCACGACGAUUCCGAACACGAAACAAACGCUGAUCGGGCGUCCACCGCUUCGCCCGAACAUGCGACUGAAACGGAAAACGACGACGAUGACAACGACGCGGUCGUCUGAGGUAAAACCGUUGGUAUACAUAAUAUUAUAUUUAUGAUUAGUGUUUAAAAAAAAUUAUAAAAAAAUUGGGAACAAAUCGAAUAAGUGUUUCGUAUAAACGUCUUAUGCGACGAUUCGUGUGUGUAAAUACAUAAUUUUAUUAUAAUGAUAUAUAAUAUUAUGGCGGUGUAGAGAACUUUAUGGCUGCCGACUAAGAAAAGUAUAUUAUUAUUACUAUAUUAUAAUAGAGUAUGUGGUGUGAGUUUUCGUUUGUUUUGUUUCGGUAACGAUUUCGAUUGAGGAUGGAAAACGGAAAUGAUAAAAAAAAUAUGUAAUCGGUUAGUGCAAUUUUUACGUAGUUUUUGUUAAAAAUUGAAAUAAUAAUACAUUUAUGUUUAACGCGCAUUACCAAACUGCUGACGGUAAUGAAAACCACCAUGAAUAUUGUUAUUUCGCGGCGUCUUUGUGAUAAAAAAAAAUUGUUUAUAUUCGUUUACGUUGUGUUUUUCUUUUGUAAUUUAAAAACAAAAAAUCUUGCGUUUUUUUUAUAUGAAAUUUUAUUGCACUACCAUGUUUUAAGUCUACGAAUAUUUUUGGUUGUAAACGUCCCAUAUUUUGUACAGUGUAAAAAAUGUAAUAAUUUAUUUUAUUAUUAUAUAUUAUUAUUAUUACAGUAGGGUAUACACUAUCGUAUGUAAUACGUAAUAUUGUAUUGUAUUGAUUAAUAUCACGGUCUUGCGUAUGCCUAUGUAUAUUAUAUCAUAAUGAUAUGAUAUUUAAUCUAAAAUUAUAAUGGUAAUCGAUACACGGGCCAGAGGGAUGUAUAUAUCUUAUUAUAUAAUACUAUACACAUUAUACAUAUUGUAUAAGAAAACCGCAUGAAAAUGUUUGUGCCAUAAAAAUAUUGAUAUAACAUAAUAUAUUAUAGGUAAUAAUAAUAUGUGUACUGAGAUAUUUCAUUGGUCGAGCCCUUCGCAUUAAAUGGAUGUUUAUAAUUGACUAUAUUAUUUUUUAAUCGCGUGUUCCAUACGAACAAACAUUUAAUUUAUUAAGUUUUUUCGUUUUAUAUACGUAAGGAUAUUGUUUUUUUUUUUAAUCAUUUCUAUAUUUGUAUGUAUAUAUAUAUAAAAAAAAUUGAAUAAUUUUUAAGACUAUUAUUUUGUAUUAUUGUUCCUUUUAAACGUGUCGAGGAAAACGAUGAUUAUAUAAACUUAAAGAGCAAAUAUUAAAAAAAAAAAUGUAUAUAUAUUAUUUUAGUGUUCGAUUUAUAAUAAUAUUAUUAUCACGUGAAAGUCUGUAAUUUUUUUCUCGAUUUUUAAUAUAUAUAUUUUUUUUUUUAACUCUAAUCAUAUCAUUACGACAUUAGGUAGUUGUUUUUUUUUAUAUAUAAUAUAUAGAGAGAGGAAGGUUGUGCUUUGAUUAUAUUAUGUACUCAUUCGGCAGCAAUCAAACCUGUGUCUAAGGGGAAUGAUAAAAUCGAUUUACAUUCCAUACAAAGCGAUAUAUUAUAUAGGUAUGUAUAUAUACAUAUAUAAUUGCUGAACUCAAAUUUUUAUCUCCUGUUUUUCGUGACAUUUUUUUUUUUAAAGCCCAAAGACAGCAAAGCAUUCCAAAAUAAAAUUUUUUAAAAAAAAUAUAUAUACGUACGUUUAUUCUAUAACGAGUAUCGUGUUCAUUUGCAUUUGUAAUUUUCCGGGGGGGAGUUGGGGUAUAUAAUAUAAUAUGACAGAACGUUAUGGAACUUAUGGAUUUAAUGUUGUAUAUUGUUAUAUUGAUAUUAACGUGUAAUCAAAUAAUUUGUGUUCAUUGAAAAAAAAACAUAUUUUUAAAAUAUAGGCUAUAACUAUUUAUUAUGGUCUUUAUAUUAAAAUGUAUUGUUGUACAGUGUUUUUUUUCUUUUUUUUUUUGUAAUUAUUUAAGUCUCAGACAUCAUGUGUAGUGCUAAUGUAAAACUGUGUAUUUCAUAAUAUGAUCAAAACAAAAUAUUUUUUCAAUUUGUAUCCUUACGUUUUUAGUUAUUAUUUUUUAUUGAAAUAAUAUCGUAUAUGAUAAAUAUUAUUACUGUCGAAUUGUGUCGUUCAUUUUACUCUGUACAAAAAUAUUAUUUUUAAUAAUAAUACAAACUUCUUUGAGGUCAAUUUUUGUACUAAUAAAA